UUAUGACCCUUCAGCGUUUUGACUGCUGCAGCCAUUUCUSUCUGUCUGCUGCCUGUUUCCUACACACAUCUGAAGCAAGAUGGCCUCUGGAGUCAAAGUGUGCGAUGAGGUAAAAGCCAUCGUCAAUGAAAUGAAAGUGGUGAAAAACGACGCCGAUUCAAGCGAACGGAUCAGGAUCGUGGUCUUUGAAAUCAGCGAAGGCUUCAUUAAGAUAGAGAAAAUCUACCGGCAAAAAGAUUUUAAACCCGGAGACGACGUGUACAAGUUCUUCCUGACUCUUUUGGACAAGAAUCAGUGCCGCUACCUUCUCUACGACUGCCACUUCGAGACCAAGGAGUCGAGUAAGAAAGAAGAGCUGGUGUUUGUCAUGUGGGCGUCUGAAAAUGCACCCAUCAAGGCAAAAAUGCAGUACGCUAGCUCAAAAGAUUCUCUUAAGAAGGUCCUGUCAGGUACCAAACACAUGCUGGAGAUGAACGACCUUUCAGAUUAUGGAAGCAGGGAGCUGUUUGCAGCUAGAAUGGGUUCUACGGUCGCCUCACUUGAAGGCCAUUCUGUCUGAAUGGGACCAUAAGCAACCCCCCACUAUUUCAAAAUAAAAGAAAUUGAGAGGAUCUUGCCAAACUGUCUUUUCCCCGUCUAACCCCACAAAACUGAUGACUUGAUUGGUUUAACCAAAUCAUGAAGCAAAAACUAAACUUUUGACUUUGCAUUCUAGUAACCUAAACCCUGUAAAGCAAUGUUCAGAUGCAUUUUUUUUUUCCUUUGGUAUUCAAAUCGGCAUGUUUUCACUUAACUUUAGCACAUUUUAGGUUCGUUUGAUCCUUAAUUUGCUUUUGUGUACAUAAUGGCUUGAAUCCUUCACCUUUCAGUACGUUUUUGUAGUAAAAGUAGUGAAUUUAAACUCUGCGUGCCAUAUUUGCUUGGUCAAAAUGCCUGGACUUGUAAUUUUGACCAAAAAUCUGUAUUUCCUGGACUGUUAAACUUUGGAUGCAACAAAGUAAAUUUAUUGAACUGGAAGAUUCCCUGAAAGGCAAUGAAUUUAAAUAUCAAAUAAAGUAACUGAAACCAA